AUGAUAUGCGUCACUUAUCUAACCUGUAUGUUCAUCCUUUUAUUCCUGUAUUUCUCCACGAGCAAGGUUAAUCGAGCUCUGUGCACCAUUGACAUCAAUCUUUCCGAGCUUGAAUAUCUGGCUGGGCAUCUUGACCCCGCAGAAUGUCGUCGUCUGGUGGCGGCACUUCAUUAUAAUUCUUUCGAACUUCCAGAAAGUAUAUCAGGUGCCGAAAGGAAAGUCAACGACGAUAUCCCCUGUCUUCGGCAACUUCUUCAUUGGAAUAGUUCCCCGGGCGAGGGUCGUGGACAAACUCAUGAAGAGAUCGAACACCGUCUUCGUCAGUUGAACCGUAAUGAUCUGGCCGACUGGUUAGGAAAAACAACGUUCAAGCAGCUUGGGAAUGAUUUGGAUAAAGCAUUGGAUAAGCCCUUCGGUGAACAGGAGUCAGAAGACACUGUCGAAAGAAGAGUCGGGACCAACUAUUUUGCGUACUCUAUUCUUCCAUCUUUUUCCUAA